AUGAGAACUCCUGUGACUAUGAACAGUAUUCGUAUUGGUAUUACCGAUUGUGCUCGGUAUGCCAACUACGAACGAUGGUUUUUGGAUGCUCCAACCAAGGUGGAUGUUAUUCGUCUUUCGUACAACUUAAAUAAUAUGGAUGAUAUUGAUAAAUGCGAGGGUGUUGUUUUAUCCGGUGGAGAGGAUGUUGAUCCACGUCGAUAUAAACGGCCUGAUCUUCUUGGGAGAUUAGAAUUGACUGAUAUUGAUGAAAAACGAGAUGAAUUUGAAUGGGAAAUUAUUGAACGUGCUCUAAAAUUAAAGCUGCCAAUCUUAGCCAUUUGCCGCGGCAUGCAAUUAUUCAAUGUUUAUCAUGGUGGUACUCUUAUUUUUGAUAUCCCAACAGUUACUAAUAUUAAUGGGCAUGCAAAAAUUCAAGGUAUGGAUCAACGCCAUGAAAUAUCUGUUGGAGAAAAAACUCUUCUCAACGAAAUCACAGGAUGUGUUAAGGGCGCUGUUAAUUCUUCGCACCAUCAAUGCGUCGAAACACUUGGUACAAAUUUAUUAAUUGCCGCAAGAGCUGAGGAACCAGUUGUUGAAGCAAUUCAAUGGCGGAAUGCACACGAAAAACCUUUCUAUCUAGGCGUACAAUGGCAUCCCGAACGAAUGGUUGAUCAAAACAGUCCAUUUUCAUACAAUAUUCGUCAGGCAUUUCUUGAUUAUAUUAUCGAACACCGCGAACCAUCGACAAAUGACGACGAAAAUACCCCAACCCACCCAUCGGAAAGCGUUUAG